GAGUUGCACAGUCGGGUUUUAGUGUGUCAUGUUGAUGACUGCUUGGUGCUUGUAGUUUGAGGAAAGUUAGCGACAGUUUUGUUUGUGUGUCGACAUAGGGAAUGUGAUGUUGGUUCGUUGUUAGAUGAUCCAACAUGUGGUGAAAGCGGAUAGUCUUUCGGCCACCAUUGCUAACAGCUUUUAACCGUGUAUAAUAUUCGGUCUUCUAGCAGUAAUUCCGUUUGUGUUUUGUGUUGCCCAGGUUUUUUGUUUGGCACGUGUGUUUGAGUAAUUUUACACAGGAGGGCGUGAAGUGUUGCUGCCUAAGUAGAGAUGGUGUCGCUGGGUAAAUAAAAACAUGGACCGACGAUCGGUGUUUCAUUGUUGGUUAAAUAUAUGCCGUUUGCUUUCCUUAAUUACUUUUGGCUCGUGUGUUGGUGAAGUUUUAUCUGGAGCAUACUAAAAGGACAAAGUCAUAUCAUUUGUUUUUCACUAGCCUUCUGAAACACCACACACUUUCUCGCAUGGAUUAGUGUUGGCAACGCAUGCCAAAGCUUGCUUAAAGUGGCAUGGGUUUGACCUUAAUGACGACAUAAGAACGUUGUUUGUUCAUAAGGCUCAGUACGUGUUAUGUGUCUGUGUGGAUUCCAGUGUUUAUGGUGAUUCUGUUGUGACCAUGGACUUCCAGCAGUUUUGUGACUAGUCAGUAGGACCAAAAUAUCUUUCUUGUGUUUUUGUGCGUCAUCAGGAACUCUUAGUAAGUGUUAGAAGAACUUACCACUUCGUUUGGACGCAUGAUAAUGUUGGCACCUCAACUACGGGAGCAUUUGAGAGUAAAUCCUCUGUUUCUUGGAACCCAACACGUCUCCUGAGGUAAGAAGCGUCAUCAAACCGUGGAAUGUUAUUUAUGUGCUGUGUGUGUUGCAGGUAGCGCAGGGGUGACUGCGAGUGGGCGGCCAUGCGCCCUGGGGCGCCCUGGGUGGUCGAGCUCCUGAGCUGUCGCGUCGUACUUGUCCUGCUCAUGUGUCGCCCCGGGCUACCCGCGGAACAGCGGGGCACCAAGAAGACCCUCACGAUCGGCUACCUGGCCGCCAUGACGGGCACCCUGAAGGACCGACAAGGGCUGGCCGUGUCUGGGGCUCUCUCCAUGGCCCUGCAACAGGUGAACAACGACUCGGACAUCCUCAAGGACAUUCAACUGGUCCCUCGCUGGAACGACACUAAAGGCGACCGAGUUCGAGCAACUUUGAUCAUCACGGAGAUGCUGUGUGACGGAGUUUCGGCGUUCAUCGGGCCAGAGGGCUCGUGCUUCGUGGAGUCCAUCGUGUCGCAGUCCCGAAACGUCCCCAUGAUCAGCUACAAAUGUAAAGACGCGGAGGCAUCUUUAGUGGACACGUUUGCGAGAACUGAACCCCCAGAUACACAGGUGACCAAGUCUGUCAUAUCGCUGCUUCGCUACUAUAAUUGGAGGAAGUUUGUCAUCCUGUAUGAAGAUCACUGGCAACCAGUAGCGAUGUCUCUCGAAGAUCAAGCCCUUCGUAACAACAUGACCGUGAAACAUAAACGUGCCGUGAAUGACAACAUCAAUUGCUGUGAAAGAGAUCUUCCCUGUUGUCAGACCAGCUACUGGUACCAGGUGAUGCAGUCCACGCGUAACAUCACACGCAUCUACGUUUUCCUGGGAAAUUCAAAGGUUCUGGUGGAGAUGAUGAACACGAUGCACGCACUCCAGAUGUUCGACAAUGGCGAGUAUAUGGUCAUCACAGUGGACAUGGAGACCUACUCUUACAGAGAAGCGUACAAAUAUCUUUGGCAACCAGAACAGAUGUCAAGAGUAGAAAAUUGUGAACUACAUCAAAAGGGAUUUUUAAAUCGUGGCCGAUCGCUGCUCGUCGUCGUCUCCAGCCCGCCAAAUGAAGCUCGAUACACAGAAUUUACUAACCUAGUCUCGGCGUACAAUACGAAGGAACCUUUCUACUUUACGAUGCCAAGUAUCUUGGAGAAUGACGGCUUUCACAAGUACGUGUCGAUCUACGCGGCCUACCUGUACGACGCCGUGAUGUUGUACGCUCGAGCUCUGGACAAACUUCUUAAGAAGUACGAUUACGUCACAGAAGAAAUUUUGCGAAGUGUUGCCAGGAAUGGGACGCUCAUCGUUGAGAUGUUGAAGAAUCAUACGUACGAAAGUAUUACAGGGUCGUCUAUCAAAAUGGACCACAAUGGGGAUUCGGAAGGCAACUUCUCCGUGGCUGCACUAAAGCCUUACCGCUACGUGUACAAUACGAGUAUGUACAACUUCACGUGCGACUACUUCAUACGACCAGUGGCAGGUUUCCAGCAGGGGGAGAACCCCGAAUAUAAGCCAGAUUGUUUUUACAAGCCGGACUCGGAUUCGGACUCGGACUUCGACUGCCACAUCGAUUGGCCCGGUGGUCGAAAGCCGGACGACGAACCCAGCUGUGGCUUCGAGCACGAGCGGUGUCAGAGUGACAAGCAGCAGACGAGCGUGAUAGCCGCGGCCACGCUGGCCGUGUUUCUCUUCUGCGCAGGCGUCAUUACACUCUCGAUCUACCGCAAGUGGAAGAUAGAACAGGAGAUCGAGGGGUUGUUGUGGAAGAUAGAUCCUCAGGAUUUACACGGGUACUGUAACAACGACAUCAUCUCGUCACCAAGCAAGAUUAGCUUGGUUAGCGCAACGUCGUACGAGUCGCGGUGCGGGGCGCAGGUCUUCGCGGCAACCGGUCAGUACAGAGGUGUGAUGGUGCGCAUCAAGGAACUUAAGUUCUCUAAGAAGAAGGACAUCGCCCGUGAUGUGAUGAAGGAAAUGCGUUUGUUGCGUGAUAUCCGACACGACAACAUCAACUCGUUCAUCGGCGCUUGCCUCGAGCCCAUGCGCGUCCUCAUCAUCACAGAUUACUGUGCCAAAGGCAGUCUCUACGAUAUUGUGGAGAAUGAAGAUAUCAGGCUGGACAUGAUGUUCAUGGCGUCAUUAGUUCACGAUCUCAUUAAGGGCAUGCUGUACAUUCACGGCUCCAUACUGGAUUUCCACGGCAAUCUUAAGUCGUCCAACUGUGUCGUGACAAGUCGCUGGGUGCUUCAGAUCACAGAUUUCGGGCUCCAUGACCUGAGGCACGGUGCAGAGAGCGACAGCAUCGGAGAACACCAGUAUUACCGAAAUUUGUUCUGGAAGGCACCCGAGUUGCUUCGUGAACCUAACAUCACUCCCAGCGGUUCCCAGAAGGCUGACGUUUACGCUUUUGCCAUCAUCCUCUAUGAAAUCAUCGGGCGGAGAGGUCCGUUCGGCAUUACGCAUUACGAACCCAAAGAGAUCGUGAACCAGGUGAGGCAGGUACCGUCACCAGGUCAGGAAUCAUUCAGGCCAGACUUGGAGCUGCUGCGAGAUGGCAAUGUGGAGUGUCCGGAGUACAUACUGUCCUGCAUGCAGGACUGCUGGGCGGAGAACCCAGACAUGCGACCUGACUUCGUAGCCAUUCGCUCACGUCUAAAAAAGAUGAAGGAAGGAAUGCAUCGAAACAUCAUGGACCAGAUGAUGGACAUGAUGGAAAAGUAUGCCAACAACCUGGAGGAUCUAGUCAGCGAGAGGACUCGACUUCUCAUAGAAGAAAAGCAGAAGACGGAGGACCUCUUGAACAGAAUGCUGCCAGCACCAGUCGCACAACAGUUAACCAAAGGAAUUGGAGUAGAACCCGAGUCAUUCGAUUUAGUCACUAUAUACUUCAGCGACAUCGUCGGUUUCACGGCUAUGUCGGCCGAGAGCACGCCGUUGCAGGUGGUGAAUUUCUUGAAUGACCUGUACACACUGUUCGACAGGAUCAUCAAGGGCUAUGACGUGUACAAAGUAGAAACUAUUGGUGAUGCUUACAUGGUGGUGUCAGGUCUUCCCAUCAGGAAUGGUGAUCGGCAUGCUGGUGAAAUAGCAUCGAUGUCAUUAGAUUUAUUAGAAGCUGUUCGUAAUCAUCAUAUCGCACACCGCCCCAAUGAAGUUCUGAAGCUUCGAAUCGGCAUCCACACAGGACCUGUAGUAGCUGGGGUGGUCGGGCUCACCAUGCCUCGCUAUUGCUUGUUUGGCGAUACGGUGAACACCGCCAGUCGCAUGGAGUCAAACGGUGAACCCCUCAAGAUCCAUAUUAGUCCACAGUGUAGAGAUGCGCUAGACAAGAUUGGGGGCUACAUCAUGGAAGAAAGAGGUCUAGUCCAGAUGAAGGGCAAAGGAGCAGUGAAUACUUUUUGGCUGGUGGGAGCAACCGAGAAAGCCAUCCAGAAACGUGAAGUUGAUCUUGCAGAACUUCCGCCCUUGUUUUGCCGACCUCGAAGAAGUCCUAAACUGAAUGCAGACUCCAGGCAGGCGUCAAUCUGUGGAGGUAGUCGUCGGCAGUCCAGUGUCCCGCGGGGUACUGCGGGGACGGAGGCGCAUGAUAGCACAUCCUCCCUUCACAACUCCAGCCCGGCAACCCGCGGAGGACGAUUCCGACUUCAUGCAUCUGCUCCCCCACCAGCUGACACGCCCACUUCAGUUGCAUCACGGACAACUUUGGAUGCUGGUGCUGCAGAAAGUGCUUCCAUGGAGCAGUUAUCUUCACCGAGACAUCACCAGGUUAUACGAGAGUCCCGUUCACUAGAUCCAUUUCCCGAUGGACACACAGAUCUAUCCCCUCAAAUAACACUUCAGCUCCCGAAGGGUUCACGUUCACUGGAAAACUGCAUGGGCAGCAGUGGGGGUAAACUGCCCACAUCUGUUGACAGUAGACAUCUCAUAAAUAACAAUCAUCCGAACGGUGAUGUAGUCUCUGCCAGAGGGGACAUUAGUGCUGAAGAUGUGCGGGCACCUCUGUUGGGAAGUGACAUUAACAAUUAUCCUAUCUUAAGACAGGAAGCAUUCCCAGAUUUAAUGCCAGCCAAACGAUGGCACUCGCUUGAAGAAGUUCCAGGAUCAGACUCAACAGCUGUAGUGGCAGGAGAAGAUGGAAAAAAGUCUAAGCGAGGUUCAAUUCGUAGCUGGCUGUUCAGUCUCUUCAAUGGCAAUGGACUGCGUAGCAGUGACGCUUCUCUGAGGAAGGGUAUUCAUAGACAGGGUUAUGGCGACCUGCAGUCCGAGAAAGAAAGCAUUGUAUGAAGUGCAUAUCAGUGUCACUUCUUCAAAAUCUGAGAAGGAGGAGCGAAUCAUCUGGUCAUUAGCUUGGUAAUGAUGGUGUAUCAACAUUUCGUUAUGAUUCAAAUUAAUCAGUAGUGGCAACAUAGAAACUGAGAUGAGAUGUCAUUCUUCAUGCUUCUGAUUGUUCACGUUUAUAAUUCUCGUUGUUUACCGCUAGAAGAAACUGAAUUUUAACACCGCAGAAAAUGUUUAAACCCGCUGAACUAUUGUCCGUGCCACACUACAUGGUGUCUGCACUCCAUAGUAAUGUUUUGCCUGUACUGGCUUGGUUUAUGCGCCAGGAUGACGUGGGAAGUGUUCACUGUAAUUUUCUUCAUGGCUUUGUCUGCUCCGUUGUUACACACACGCGCUACUCGAACUGUCUGUACAAAAAGAGAGAUGUUAUUUUGACUUAUACUGACCUUCCUCGCUCCUGAUCCCGCUUCCAAAGAUGCUGAGAUGACCCAGAUAACAGGAAUAUUACCUCUUUUGCUAUAUGAACUCAACCAUUGGAUGUCAUCAUUAUUCUCUAAACAUUUUAGUUCAUAUAUUCCAGUAUAUUGUUUAUAGAGCUCACGGUUUCUUAUUGAUCUUGAAUAUUUAAGAGAUUGCCAAAGUAGGAAAUCCCAGAUCUGCGGAAAGCCAGGCAAUGCAAUAUCAAAAAGGGUUUUAUUGCAUCAAGUAUCCUAUCCUGGAUAUGUUACAGGUGGAACAGUUGAACUAUAGAAGAAUGUAAAAACCAAUGUUACCAUUACAUGAGAUUUUAGGUUUACAUGGCGAAAAUGUUGACGUUGGUCUUCCGGGUUGUAAUGCCAUAUGAACUUUUAGGUAGACAUGCUGUCUCCAUCUGCAGCACAAUGUUUCUCUGAAACAGAGGUAUCUACUUACAAGACCAAAUGACAUUACAACCCUGAAGACGAACACUGAAAUCUUACUUUCAAUCUCUGCAUGGCUUCAUUAGCAAAAUCAUACAUAAAAAGGUGUGCCAAUAUGUACAGAAUUCAUCUCUCAUGCCUUUUAUCUUAUUUUACUACAUUUCACCACAAACUGUCUUGUUGUCUUAUAUGAAUGACUUGGAAUUUAUUUCCUUGUUGUGCUUUUCUAGUGAGUUCCAAGGAAUUUCUUGGAUGACUAAAUGACUGUCAGAAUGUCCCUGUGACAUGGAAUUAUUGUAUAAUUAAUCCUCUGAAUGUUAAAUUAAUUAAUACAUUUUAUUUUGUUUUUGUGCUUCUGGUGAUACAGUGGUGACUGCUGUUCAUAAUCAGAUAGCGAGGCAGAUUUACAUCCAUGUGAAACACUUUUGUUUGGUACAUAUACAGUUUCAGUGGAGGACAGGAGCCAGUUGGAGAUAUAUUCAUAAAUCACAGUGAAGUGUUAAUUCAAAAUGUUUCAGUUACCAUAUGUGAUAUGUGUUUUCACGUGCCUACACUUGAUGGUGACUGGUAAGAAAUUAUCACUCUGCAAGUGUGAAGAAACGAUCUAAAUGGUGCUACCUUUCAAAGAUUAAACAGUUUAAUCAUACAGUUAAAUUGAGGGCAGAUAUUGUAUGGUGUGUAUUAAAUAUAGGUAUUUCUUGAAGAUUACCUAAUUCAUGUUUCCAGUCAAAGUAAAAGUUUUACUAUUACGAAUAUAUAUUAUGUGCCAAUAUGUUUUACAUUUAACACAAGUCCCACACAACAGCUUUCCAAUGGGGCUGGAUCCGUUGGCUCAAGCUGAGAUGGAUUGAAAGCACAAAGAGGUGAUCAGACAAAAUGUUCCGUCUGGAUGGCUGUGAAAGAGACCUAAAUAUUAAUUAAAAUAAUAUAGGUGCCAAGUUAUCAUUAUGAUCAAUUAUGUAAAUAACUGAAUAUUAUAUAUUUGUUGUGUGCAUAUCUGAAAGUGUAUGAGAAAAUGAUUGAAUCAAAAUAAGAUGCAAUCUGUACAUAA